CCGGGAGCGAAUGGAUAAGGCGCCGGAGAAGAGGGAGUCCGAUCCACGCGCGCUCCGCACCCGGGCCCUCUCCAAGUUGGAAAGGACAAAAAGAAGGCAAUAAAUGCUUACAAGGGAGAGAGAGGGAGCCGAAUCGAGCGGCAACUCCCAGGCUCCGCUGGAAGAGAGAGGGAGGGAGGGAGCCGGAGAGAGCGAGCGCGCGCGAGGGCGAGCCAUGCACGUAAAGAAACUGACACCCGGACCCCCCACUUCUCCUGCACGUUGCUGGCAAUCAGAUCGCUUUUAAGCAAUUUCCUGAGCCCAAGAAUAGCAAUGAGUCGGGAGACUUUUGCGGACUGAAAUUGGGAGCUACAAGCACUUCCCCCCCCCCCGCCCCCCAGCACACACACUGUUUUUUCCCCUGAAGAAGGGGUGGGGGGCGCUGCAAUUUGGAAACGGCUCUCUUUUUUUUUUUUUUUAGUCUUGCACUUUGAAACCGCGGGACUGUAGCAGGGUGCGCGCGUGUGGUUGGUGCUUUUUUUUUUUUUUUUUUUCCUUCCCUGCCUAAACUCCUCUGUCAGCCUGUAAACAUUACCUGAGAAUUCCCCAGCCGAAACGGCUGCUGGGGCAAGAAAGUUCUUGUUAGAACUUUCCACCUCCGGCUUCCCCUCCACCUCUCUUACUGUCCCAACCUUCUGAGACGCUUUUUCUCCUCCCGAGGAUUUAUCUCUUUCUCUCUCUCUUUUUUUUUUUUUCCCCUUUUCCCACCCGAUGCUUGCUUUGCAUUUGGGAAGAGGUGAUUUCUAGAGUGGCCAGGUGGGACGCCUCUCUUCCCCCUUAUUUGGUUUAUUUAUUAUUGUUGGGGGGGGGUAUUUUCUUUUUUAAGUCCUAUUUUGUUCUGUCCGGGGAGUUUCGCCCCCCCACCCCUGCCCGGCUCCGCGGCGCGGAGGAUGGUGUGGAAAUGGCUGGGAGCGUUGGUAGUGUUCCCUCUGCAGAUGAUCUAUCUGGUGGUGAAAGCUGCCAUCGGACUGGUGCUGCCCGCCAAGCUGCGGGACCUGUCGCGGGAAAACGUCCUCAUCACCGGCGGCGGGAGAGGCAUCGGGCGCCAGCUCGCUAGGGAGUUCGCAGAACGCGGCGCCAGAAAGAUUGUUCUCUGGGGCCGGACUGAGAAAUGCCUGAAGGAGACGACGGAGGAGAUUCGGCAGAUGGGCACCGAGUGCCACUACUUCAUCUGCGACGUGGGCAACCGGGAAGAGGUGUACCAGACGGCCAAAGCUGUCCGGGAGAAGGUGGGUGACAUCACCAUCCUGGUGAACAAUGCCGCUGUGGUCCAUGGGAAGAGCCUGAUGGACAGUGACGACGAUGCCCUUCUCAAGUCCCAGCAUAUCAACACCCUGGGCCAGUUCUGGACCACCAAGGCCUUCUUGCCGCGGAUGCUGGAGCUGCAGAACGGCCACAUCGUGUGUCUCAACUCCGUGCUGGCGCUUUCUGCCAUCCCCGGUGCCAUCGACUACUGCACGUCCAAGGCCUCAGCCUUCGCCUUCAUGGAGAGCCUGACCCUGGGGCUGCUGGACUGUCCGGGGGUCAGCGCCACCACCGUGCUGCCUUUCCACACCAGCACCGAGAUGUUUCAGGGCAUGAGGGUCAGGUUCCCCAACCUCUUCCCCCCCCUGAAGCCGGAGACGGUGGCCCGGAGGACGGUGGAAGCUGUGCAGCUCAAUCAGACCCUCCUCCUGCUCCCGUGGACCAUGCAUGUCCUCAUUAUCUUGAAAAGCAUACUCCCACAGGCUGCCCUCGAGGAGAUCCACAGAUUCUCAGGAACCUACACCUGCAUGAACACUUUCAAAGGGCGCACCUAAAAGCAGAACGCAGGGACGGGCUCGAAAGCUGCGGAACCAGCAGGGACUGGGCACCCAGGCGCACGCCCACGCACCCGCCCCUUGGCACACUUCUGCUGGGUGAGCAGGACUGCUCCUGUCCUGGGGAAGAAUCCGGCAGUACCCCCAGGCCAGCCCCAGGACCUUUGCACAGGACCAAUGGGCAUAACUCUGACACCCGUGGGGAGGCAGGAAACCAGCCAGCAGCCGCCUUGACACUUUUGUAUGUUUCUGAUUCUCUAGAGUUUAUUGUUAAAUUGCUUCUCGAGUCUAAUGCACAUUUCCAGGAGGCUCUGUGCCCAUGUGCUCCUCCUCCCCCUCCAAAAUCCACGCAUCCUCAGCUUGUGCAAACUGGUUGAACAGCAGGAACACAAAAUAAAGAGAGAUGGCUUUUGCGA